AUGUUCUGGCGUUUUGGGGGGUAUGCAAGUAUCUCCGCCAUCGAUACCCUGCUCGACAAGCCCGAGGUUACCCUCGAGGAACUUCUGGAUGAGCCGGAGAUCAUCCAGGAACUGAAACAGCAUAAUACAAAACUCAUAGAAUAUCUGCGUGAGGAUCAUGUCUUGAAACGGCUUAUGGACUAUGUGACCGCACCGAGUUUGGUGAAUGACGAUGAAGAAAAUGACGACGACGACUCUGACGAGAAGAAUGCCUCGGAGAAGGACACCGGCGCUGCCUCCUCGGCGGCGGAGCAGACGGACAAAGAGGACAAGGAGUCGGAUCCGUUGAAGGAAGUGCUGGACUCGGAUGACCUGGACAAGGUCGAAAAGACUCGCUUGAAGCAUGCCUAUAUCGCUUGCGAAAUCCUUUCCUCCGAGACAUGGUCCAUUCUCGAGUCCAUGAUGGCCUACCCCCAAUACCUGCGGGACUUCUGGUGCUUCCUCCGCCGCCCGCCGCCCCUAGACUCCAUACAAGCUAGCUACUUCACCAAGGUCAACGAGACGCUGUUGGAUAAGAAAACCGAGGAAAUGCUGGAUUUCCUGAAAUCCAUGGAUGGAAUCGUCGCGGCACUAUUGCAACAUAUUGACAACCCAAUGGUUAUGGAUCUCUUGUUGAAGAUCAUUAGCCUGGAGAAGGCCGAGGGCGGCCAGGGCACCGUCGACUGGCUCAUGUCGCAGGAGUUGAUUCCCACCUUGCUUUCAUUCUUGUCCCCGGACCACCCAGGCUCGGUCCAAACCUCAGCGGGCGACUUCCUCAAGGCCAUCAUCACCAUCUCCGCAAAUGCCAACCCGAAUGACCAAUCAUGCAUCGGCCCUAACAGCUUGACCCGCCAGCUGGUUUCCACCCCGUGCGUGCAACAACUCAUCGAUGCGAUGCUCAAGGGCGGCAACCCGUUGACGGUCGGCGUGGGCAUCGUCAUUGAAGUCAUCCGGAAGAAUAACUCGGACUAUGAUCCCGAUCACUUUAGCGGACCCGAAACAACGCCCACUACAUAUGACCCCAUCUACCUGGGAACUUUGCUCCGCCUGUUCGCGCAGCAUAUCCCCAAUUUCAUGGCUCUGAUCCAGAGUCCCAAGCAUGCUGUUCACGACGGCGAUAAGCUGAAGACUGUCGACCGAGGACGGCUGAGCUCUGCCUGGGGUGCCAAAAUUGAACCGCUCGGAUUUGACCGGUUCAAGACGUGUGAGUUGAUGGCGGAGCUACUUCAUUGUAGUAACAUGGGCCUUCUGAACGAGCCCGGCAGCGACGAGUAUAUCCAUCAACGGGAUGUCGAGCGCGAGAGGCUGGUUCGCGAGGGCGCUUUCAACCCUCAUCGAGACGAGCAGUCCGGGUUUGAAUACAAUGAUAAAACGGCCGAUUUCACCAAUGGCUCCGUCGUGGAUUCCGGAUCACCCGAAGAUGUCAAGGGAGAAGUGCCACACGAGGGUGAAGAGGAGGGAUUUGAAGGGGUUGGUUCACCGGGGGUAUUGGUUGAAAAGAAGGCAGAGGCCGAGAAACCCGCUGGUGCACCUUCGGAGCAGAAUGCAACCUCGCAGCAGACCGGCCAGCCAGCGACCGAGCUUGCAUCGGAAAGUUCCAAAACAAAAACAGAAGGUGGUUCCGACAGUGCGGCCAAUGCCACAGCUACGGGUCAAAAACCCACCGAAGGGUCCGAUGCUUCACCCGCUACUGGUCUUGUCGACCAAAUUGGUGGCAUCAAACUUGAGUCCGAAGCGCAAGGGCAGCAAACCCCUGCGCAGGACAGCUCCGAACCGCCUCCCGUGCCUUCGCGUCCUGAAGAUGUGCCGGCGCCUUUAUUUGCGUCCAAGGAACAACCGGCAGAGUCAACUUCGAGCUCUGCCGACCAGCCCGCAGGUGCGUCUACCGCACCAGAGCCCGCUCAAGACAUCAUUCCUCCUAAUGAUGGUGGCGAGGAAGACCCGGCCGACCAGUAUAUCCAGCUCGACACUGAUGGAGGGCCUGUUGUUGGGGAUUACCUGAAAAUCAUGUUCGUUGAGAACAAGGUGGUACCAACGAUACUGGGAUUCUUCUUUCGCUUCCCUUGGAACAACUUCCUUCACAACGUCGUGUAUGAUGUGGUUCAACAAGUAUUCAACGGGCCCAUGGAGCGUGGCUAUAACCGUGCUCUGGCGAUCGAUGUAUUUGACACAGGACGCAUAACACAUGAGAUCAUCGAAGGCCAGAAGCGUAGCGACGAGGCCCAGAAAACCAAGCAGAUCCGACUCGGUUACAUGGGACACCUCACCCUUGUCGCGGAGGAGGUCGUCAAGUUCAGCGAGCGCCAUCCGCCCGAGCUGCUUUCCCGAUGUGUCAUGGAAAGUGUUUUGAACCCGGAUUGGAUCGAUUAUGUUGAGCAAACCCUCUCCGAAACUCGCGAACGGGAUAAUGCCAUCCUCGGCGGCGUGCGCCCGGAUAUGGUUGGACCUCGCCAGACUGUUAUCAAUACAGUCAGUUCUGGCCAAGGGUUUACUAACUCUUCUGCUCUGGCAGAGGCGGGUCUGAACGGUGGGAUUGGGGGCUCUACUUUCCAGAGCUUUGAUCUCAACCAAGGGAGUGUCUCCGGCGGAGCUUUCGGCGGAGGUGGUGGUACGCUCCUCAGUGGCUUCACAAACUCCAGCGAUGAUGAGGAUGAAGAAAUGGAGGAUCAGGACGACAGAGACGCCGCCGCUGCUGAGCAAGGCGAAUCAGAGAAUGUAAUCACAAACUCAACCAGCCAUCCCAUUCCAAUUCUCCCCCCACCUCCCGCUCCCUUGAGCCUUGGACCCUCCCGAGCACGGCGUCAAUUGGCCGCACGCCUGGCGGCCCAGAAGCAGCAAGCCGCGGAGAAUGCAGACGCCGAAGAGGAGAGAAGGGCCGAGGAAGGUGGCGAGGAGCAAUGGCAUAGUAACCCCUUCGUUAUUGCCGGCGUUGAUGACGACGCAGAGGGAGGCCAUACGACAUUCCCCGACUCGGACUUCCCAUCAGCCAACGCUGACCAGUCAUUCUCGCCCACGUUCCCCGACUCGGGAUUUAGUCCGCCGGACUCACUCUCGACCAAUUCUUCCGAGGAUGAUGGCGAUGGCCGUACGGAAGCCGUGAGACGCCGAGUCCGUGUACCGCUCGAGGUUGAGGACGAUGAUGACGAAAUGGGCGAGAUGGUUGCACCGACUGCCAGCGGCAUGGUCGACUCGGACGAUGAGGACGAGGCCAUUAUCAAUGAAUCCCUGGGCUACUCGAACCUCUCUGGGCCCGAGAGGUACAACAAUCUGCGCCGCUCUCGCGCCGUCAGCUCUCAUUUCGACGACGAGCAGAACGACAGCAGCGAUGGCGAAGACGAGGGGCUGGUGGAGAUCUUGGUUCCGGGCCGGAAAUCCUCGACUUCGAACUAG